UACAUUUCUAUAAACAGAACAAGUAGACGAGUUUAUUUAUGAAAUAUUUCACAUGCCAUGAUUUGUAUGUAAACAUAAUUGUUGCGUGUAUUUCUGGAAAUGAGCAUUAAUUACAGCGGCACGUGAAUUGUGUUUGUAACUGUUUUGUUGAGUAUUUCGUUAUCUAGCAUUGAUACGAGAAAUACAGGAAGGACUUGUUUUAAUAGGAAAGGAGAAGAUUAAGAACCUGGUCAGUGGAGAUUUAGACAUAAAACUUAAAACGAUGAGGAUUACCGUGAGAUAGACCGGAAGUCAACAUAAUGGUAUACGGUACAUCUCAGAUAAACAGGUCAUUCUUCUAUGGCUCGGAUAAUAGCACCAUUUAUUUCACUUAUUUCAGCGAAUUUAACCGAUCAUGGAAAGGAGCUGCUUAUUUAGAGGCUAUUACUAUGAUUAUUUUAUGUUUCGUGUCAGUGUUUGAAAACAUCAUCAUUCUUGGAGUUAUCUUCAAAUCUAGAAAAGCCAGAACAGUUACCAAUUAUUUUGUGUGCAAUCUUGCCAUUGGCGAUAUAUUAUUUGUAUCUUCGGCGCCAUUAGUUGCUUACGUCAGACUCACUGGCUCGUGGUACCUAGGGGACGGAAUGUGCCACUUACUGAAUUAUGGGAUGUUUGUCUGUUCUAAUACAAUGAUCUGGACAAUGGUUGCAAUAAGUAUUGACAGAUACGUCUGUAUUGUUAAAAAUGUAUCUUCUUCCAGACGCCUGGCACCAGUACACAUAUUCUAUAUCUGCGCUGGUAUCUGGCUUACAACAUCAUGUUGUUUUCUACCUACGGCGUUUUUCUUUCAUAUUCAAGAGAUUGAUCAAAAUGGUACAAAGUACAAAUUCUGUACUCUGACAUGGCCUAGUGGACACAUUCACUAUUCUGUACUGUUUACCACGAUGUUACUUGUACUCGGGUUUGGACUUCCGGUUGUAAUAAUAUCAAUUAACUACUUCUGCAUAUUCAAAAAGUUCCUGAAUUCAAAAAGAGCAAUAGAUACAAUUUCGCAGACGGCUUCUAACAGUGGCACACAAACAAGAAGAAAACGGGAACACAGAGUAGUGACGUCACUUGUUUUGCUCGUUGUCAUUUUCGUCAUCAUGUGGCUUCCGGUCGUCAUUGUUUUCAGCAUGAUAAGAGAAGAUAUAGAAAACGGUAGGAACGAGAUGCCGUCGUAUGGUUUAACGUGCGCUUUAAUCAUUGCUUACCUCAAUCCAUGCAUUAACCCUGUGUUGUAUGGUUUCAUGAACGCUGAAUUUAUCCGAAAUAUAGCGUGCUGCCGACGGUACAAACAGCGUAGCACAGCUGUAACAAUGGCUCUUCCACAGGAGGAGCCAACAAGUGCAACAUAUAUGUGACCGCUACAGUAUUUUUUGUAAUUGACACGUUUUCAAUUUCAACUAUACAUAUAACUGUGCAUCGAUCAAACGUGUGUUUAUUGUAAAAGUGUACGUACGUAUGUUCCUUGUGACUUCUUAUACCGUUGUCCAAUAUAUCAGACUUUACGAUCUUGUUGAAGUUGCUUUGCCAUGAAAUAUAUAUCUCAAAGCAACGUCAUAUUUAUUGGACUACUUAUACCGGUUUCUGCUCUUCGUGUUUUGAGAAACUUAAAUUUAGACUAGUAGAAUGUUGUGGGUGUUGAACGAAUUUAUUUCAAACUGAUAACAAUCCUGCAAAGAAUAUCAAUACCUCAGAUGUUUUAAUACAUGAAGACUGUGAACAUUGGUAUUAAUGGAACAACCUGGCAGAUUUUUAGAGUGCUUAAUGAGUCUUAUCAGAAGGGUAAAGUGCUUGACACAACAUUGAUUUACAACACAUUUUAAUAUCUUGGCAACAACUCCACAAGUGGCAAGCUUCCUGCAAAUAAUCGGUAUAAAUAACAAUGUACGGUAAAACUCCGAAAAAUUAUAACCCGACACAAAAACUAUUUUAGUAAUAUGUGUGCAUGCAUUUUAUGCGUAGAUAUGAUACAGAUACAUAAGUUUUCCAGAUUUAUAUUUUUUCACUCUGGUGUAGAU